AUGUCGGCCCUCAGUGAGGCAUCCACGCCGGCCCAAGACGCGGCCACGGCCAUCGACACCCAGCAGCUCCAUCACCUCGCCCAGGACCACCACCAGCAACAGCAGCACCAUCCCCAACAGCAACAGCAGCAACCACAGGGCCCCUCCCAACAGCCGCAGCAGUCACAGUCUGUCAAUGGCACGUCCGUGAGCGGCGACAUCUCCCGAAAGCCGAAAGCACCCUCUGUCAGACGUGCAUGCACCGCUUGCCACACCGGCAAGACGCGUUGCAGCGAGGUCCUCCCAUGCCAGAGCUGCCUCAAACGCGGGAUUGGUGCGACGUGCACUUAUCCUGACCCUGAGCAAACGGAUCAGAGCCAUCCACCACAAACAGCCGUGCCCGCGACUUUCGGUGCCUCUGCGCUCGGCUACGUUCACGGCGCACCGACGUUGACGCAGCACCAAUACUACGAUUACAACGGCGCGUUCACCGGUGCUUCGUCGUCCACGUUCCGGCCCAGCAAGCGGCCGCGCAACCUGACGGAAGAGGAGGCCGCCGCCAUCACGCGCAACUUCAGUCGGGGAGACUUCUACGUCGGGACGAGUGCUCCUGUGCGCAUCGAUCCCCGGUUGCCCGUCAAGUUGACGUUGGGUGAAGGGGACCAUGUCCAUUUCAGUAUCACCGAGACACUGGGGUGA